AUGAGGGUUGCCGGAACCGCCAAGUCGGACCAAGUCGAGGAUGCAAGAUCAAAAGAACCUAAGGGAGCUAACUGGCAGGCGAGGGGGGAUGAGAGUGAAAUGAGGAGUAUUGAAGCUUCGAUUCUGAUGUCAGAUCCAGAACCAAGCGGCGAGUGGAACGUUGGGAAAAGAGGGCUGGGUGGAGAGAGAAGAGAGAGGCUAAUAAGGAGACUAAAUGAACACUAUAUGAUUGAUGUGCAGGGCCUGGCGAUGGAGGGCUGGAGAGGGAAAUCCGAGGAUUGA